GGGAACUAAUACAAGGAAUUGAAUUCCAUGUCCUUAUAUAUACCAAACCUUUCUUAUGUGAUUUGAAGUUGAGAAAAAUAAGGCAAAAACCAAUUCGAAGUGAUGACAGAUGGCCAGAAAAUUCACCCUACGGGGGAUGUGGAAGCACUUCCAACUUCACCAUUGGUGCCUCCAGGUUCAGCGAUUUCAGACAAAGCUACUACUCACCCUCCUUCACGACCACUGCCACCACCACAAUUACGUACCAAUUUUCCGGCUGCAAUCCACAGUGCUACAGAAGCACCAAAGACGAGAAGAAGCUGUUGCUGCAAGUGCAUAUGUUGGACAAUAGGCAUUAUUUUCCUUGCAUUAAUUGUUAUCAGUGCCAUUAUCGGCAUUCUCUACCUUAUUUUCCAACCCAAAAUUCCCAAGUACUCUGUUGACAGCUUGAAAAUAAGUGAUCUAAGGCUGACUUUCGACAUGUCCCUUUAUGCUGAAUUUGAUGUCAAGAUCACAGCUAAUAACCCAAACAAGAAAAUAGGAAUUUACUAUGAGAAAGGUGGAAGUUUGAGGGUUUGGUAUGGAGACUCUGAGCUCUGUGCAGGGUCUAUACCAAAAUUCUACCAAGGUCACAGGAACGUAACGAAGCUGGAUGUAAGCUUGAGCGGGCAGACGCAGUAUGGAAGAAGUUUGAUGAGUGCAUUGCAAGAGCAACAACAAACAGGAAGAAUUCCACUGGACCUUAAAGUUGAAGCACCUGUGUCUGUUAAACUUGGAAGGUUGAAGCUAAGGAAGGUGAGGAUCUUUGGGGAUUGCAUUUUGCUGGUGGAUAGCUUAUCUACCGAUAAUUUUAUUAGCAUUAAAGCUAGAAAUUGCAAAUUUAGAUUGAAGCUCUGAUUUUCUUUUAUAUAUUUGGUUCCUUUUCUUUUUAAUUUUAUGACAAUCAAUUAAUUUAUUUUCA